UCCGGCCGGGGCCCCGCGCCCCAGCGUGAGUCCAGCAGCCUCCCAGCGGCGGCGCCCAACUUUCCCUCGGUCCCGGGCGGGGCGGGGACGGCAGCGGGACAUCUUGGUAAACUUCUCCGGGGCAGACGGCAGGGAGCCCGGGCGCUGGUGCAAGAGGAUGUAGGAGGGCGGUGGCCGGCCCCGGGCGUCCCCCGCCCUCUUGGCCCCUUUCGGCCUGGCCAUGGGGCUCCAGCACCUUCAGCGCAGCCAGGGGGUCUAGCCGACCUGGGUGGGAAAGCGCUGUCGCCGGCUGUGCACGCGCUGGGCGAGCAGCGCCCCUUCUGGCCGCGUCCGGCCCCGCCAUGGACCACCAGGAGCCCUACUCCGUGCAGGCCACUGCGGCCAUCGCGGCGGUCAUCACCUUCCUCAUCCUCUUCACCAUCUUCGGCAACGCGCUGGUCAUCUUGGCUGUGCUGACAAGCCGCUCGCUGCGAGCCCCGCAGAACCUGUUCCUAGUGUCGCUGGCCGCCGCCGACAUCCUGGUGGCCACGCUCAUCAUCCCUUUCUCGCUGGCCAACGAGCUGCUGGGCUACUGGUACUUCUGGCGCACCUGGUGCGAGGUGUACCUGGCGCUCGACGUGCUCUUCUGCACCUCGUCCAUCGUACACCUGUGUGCCAUCAGCCUGGACCGCUACUGGGCCGUGAGCCGCGCGCUGGAGUACAACUCCAAGCGCACCCCGCGCCGCAUCAAAUGCAUCAUCCUCACCGUGUGGCUCAUCGCAGCUGUCAUCUCGCUGCCGCCCCUCAUCUACAAGGGCGACCCGGGUCCCCAGCCCCGAGGGCGCCCUCAGUGCAAGCUCAACCAAGAGGCCUGGUACAUCCUGGCCUCCAGCAUUGGAUCUUUCUUUGCACCCUGCCUUAUCAUGAUCCUUGUCUACCUGCGGAUCUAUCUGAUCGCCAAGCGCAGCCACUGCAGAGGUCCCAGGGCCAAGGGGGGUCCUGGGGAGGGUGGGUCUAAGCAGGCCCACCCUGUCCCUGGGGAAGUUUCAGCCUCAGCCAGAUUGCCAACUCUGUCCUCUCAACUGGCUACUGCUGGAGAGGCCAAUGGGUGCUCCCAGCCCACUGCAGAGAAGGACGAGGGGGAGACCCCUGAAGACCCUGGGACCCCCGCCGUGCCACCCAGCUGGCCUGCCCGCCCCAGCUCAGGCCAGGGUCAAAAGGAAGGUGUCUGUGGGACAUCUCCAGAGGAGGAGGGGACUGUAAAGGAGGAGGAGGAGGGGUGUGAGCCGAAGGCCUUGUCAGCGUCUCCCGCCUCAGCUUGCAGCCCAUCCCUGCAGCAACCACAGGGUUCCCGGCUGCUGGCGACCCUACGUGGCCAGGUGCUCCUGGGCAGGGGCAAGGGCUCUGCGGGGGGGCAGUGGUGGCGGCGGCGGACUCAGCUGACCCGGGAGAAGCGGUUCACGUUCGUGCUGGCCGUGGUCAUCGGCGUCUUCGUGCUCUGCUGGUUCCCUUUCUUCUUCAGCUACAGCCUGGGUGCCAUCUGCCCUCAGCACUGCAAGGUGCCCCACGGCCUCUUCCAGUUCUUCUUCUGGAUCGGCUACUGCAACAGCUCGCUGAAUCCUGUCAUUUACACCAUCUUCAACCAGGACUUCCGUCGUGCCUUCCGAAGGAUCCUUUGCCGCAAGUGGACCCAGACGGCCUGGUGA